AUGGAGAAUAUCAAAUGCAGCAUGAAGUUGGUUCAUUGUCUGUGUCUUUCUCGAAUAUUCACGAAUGAUCGAGACUCUAUUAGUUUCAAGAUAUUUGGGCAUGAUGUUUCCUUCACCCUUGAAGACUUUCACAUUAUGUGUGGUUUGCCGAUAACAGCACAUAAUAUUGAAAAACCAUUUAAUCGAAAGAGCACUGUUCUAAACCGGUAUUUUGGUAAGUCCAAGGGUGUGUAUCUGAAGGAUAUUCGAGGUUUUAUGACUCGCAAUGCAAUUCCAAAGAAUGUUGUGAAUUAUCCACACGUAUGCGAGAAUGAUGAAGAUGCAGUUACGCUUGUGGAAAUUCUUAUUUUAGAGUCUAUUCUGUUUGGGAAAAAUAACGAUUCAUGUGUGAAUGAGGAGUAUGCAUCUAUCGUUGAGGACGAGAAGGCUCGUGUUGAAUAUCCCUGGGGUAAUGUGGCUUAUGAGAAGCUCAUUUAUUCAUUGAAACAUGUAUUGGACAAGCAGAACAAACAUCAUGCAACUGAGUAUAAACUUACUGGAUUUCCAUAUCCGUUAUGUGUUUGGUUCUAUGAGCGCUUCCCAGAUGUUCGGAUGAGCUGCUUGGCCGAUUAUCGGAUUACAUUUGAAGAUACUGCUAUCAAAUCCACUUCUACUAUGCAUUGA